UUGGGUGGAAGGCGGUUGGAGAGAGAGGAAGAGAAAGGAGCACAGAAGAGGGAGGGAUUUGUUAGUCACACAUCCUUCAUCAGAGGAUUAUCGUUUUGUACCACAAAAAGUGGAUCAGUGUAGAGAGAUGCUACUCUGAGUUUUAGCGUUUGGCGUGAGAAGAGCUGUGGCAGAGUUUGGAGAAGAAUUGGUGGACACCAUGGAGAUGAUGUGGGUUUGUGGGGUGAUUGUCCUCUUGGUGUCAGAAGCACGGAGCCUGGAUUCAGGAACUAAUCAAAGCACCUCUGACAACUCUAGCAAUUCUGGUCGCCAACAGAGUCAUGAUGUCAGAAAUCAAACUGUCAGUCUUGGCAGUGCCGCUAACCUGACGUGUACCAAUAGGACCUGGAACGAGAUGAUUUACAACAUCUGGAAAAUAACUCUGAAAACCAAAAAAUGUCAAAUAAGUUUUAGUGACGGUAAAAGCUACAACAACUGCAGCGAUGGCAAGUUUCUCCGUAACACAUCCAGCGCUCAGUCAUACCUGCACAUCCAAAAGGUCUCCAUUGCUGACGAGGGGGUCUACAACUGCGAGUCAAUUUACAGAAGAGGAGGUGACGACGUUACAAUUUACCUUGAUGUUACAGUUGCUCCCACUAUAUCAACCUGGCUGGAGCAGCAGGACAACAGGACAGUGGCUGUGUGCAGAGCUGAACAGGGCAAACCUGCUGCUUCCAUCAUGUGGAAAAGUGCAGGAAACCUCCCACUGGUGACUAAAGUUGAGACCCAACGUGACCCAGAUGGUUUCUUCAGAGUGGAGAGCCGCCUGGUCCUCGCUGAGGGUGAUGUUCCGGAAAACCUGAGUUGUUCUGUAAAACACGCUUUCUGGGAAGAGGAGAAGAUUAUGAUCGUAAAUCAGAUAAAAGAUUUGUCCUGGUUUCCCCUCCGUAUUUCUGUGCUAAUCAUCAUUGGUGUUUUGGUGGUACCGGUAUUAUUAUUUUUUGUUGGAAAGAACCUGCUCAGGCGUAGGCUGCGGUUUAACAUGUCAGAGCAUGUGUCCAAAUCUUUGCCGGCGGAGGAUGUGGAGGAGGUGGAACCGUAUGCUAGCUACGUACAACGUGUCAACUCAAUCUACAACUCAUCUGCAGUUCUGUUCACUUGACACUCAGGUUCACACUUACAUGCACAUGGGUUUUUCUGAGAAACAGAAACCUGGUCAAAAUUUGAAGAGAUGAAAUUCUAAAGGGAGAUGAGACGGCGAGCGAAGGCUCUCUAAUCACAUACCUUCUGUCUCAUGGAACAGGGGAUCUGUCUGAUGUCACACAUGAGCCAAUACUCACAAUGAGCCCCCGAGCCCCGAGUGUGCAUCUGAUGGAGAAUAUUCAUUAUAAUAAUUCACUAAUACCUUUUUCAGCUUCAAGCAGAAGUUGACAGAAAUGCAGACUUCUGAUUUUGUUGAAUAAACAAAUGGGAUCCUCGUAGGUGAACGUGAACAUGAAGGAGAUUCUCACUUUUUAAAAGUUUUCUUUUACUUGUCAUCUGCACUCAGUACAAUUAAAGUGCCAAGUCGUAAAAAUCACACAUCUCAGUAUGUGGUGCCAGUGCAAAGUAAGUGAUUUUAUAUAUUUAUUGUGUCAUCACACCACACACACAUAACAAAAAAAAAAAAAAAAAAUCUUCACGUUAUAACUUUAUACAAUUUUGGCUGUUUGAUGUCAAAGAGAAAACAAAUCUCUGCAGUGUGAUACAACUAAAUGAAAAAAAAAAAAUAUAUAUAUAAAGUCUAAAGUAAUUGAUUGCAUCUGAACCAUCACUUUUACAACCAGUUGGCUUGACACAAAUCAGAGAAUGGAUACAAAGCGUGCAUAAUUUUUGAGUUUGCCUACUUUAAGUGGAUUAAACGUACUGUGCCAAACUCAAAUUAAACUCCAGUGGAUGUUUAUUGACAUAAAAAUGUCCUUGUAUCUGUCCCUUGACUUGACUAAAUCCAGCUGUUGAUAAAAGUGAUUAUUUAGUUGUUAAAGGGGGUCUGUAUUUCAUUAUUUUGGGUUUAUAUUUUUAUUUUAUUUAGAUCACAUUUUUGUGAUUUUAAAUUGAAGUGCGCUCUUUUAAACCUUUGUUCAAAUUUGCCUAGAAUUUUUUUUUAUUAUUAUUAUGGUUUAAUGUACUAAAACAAUAAAAAUGUGUAAAUCCUAAGGAGUGAAUACGUUUUACAGACAAUAUAAUCUUGAUGUUAUGUACAGUAUUUAUCAUUUGUGUGGAUGUUUAAUAAUGUACUGUAAUUGCUUUUAUUAAAUGUCUUUGACCUCAUUGUGUAAUUU